AUGGACGAGGAGACAUACAUGGACCUGGACCUUUACCUGGACCCGUGGGCCGCCCAGGAUCACCCCGCCCUACCCUGGUCUUCCGUGUUCAGCCCACUUGGACCUUACGGUGCUUACAUACCUAGUCCAUCCAAUCCAGGGACUGCAUUUAAUUCACAUCCUAUAGAAGCCAAAGAAAAAUCUGGCAGCUUGUCACCUGUGGAUCUUAGCUUCCUAACAGAUGAACUUACCCAAGAAAAUAAAGACCAGAAUGUCAUUAGAAGCAAGCAUGAACCUGAAGAAAAUCCCCAAACGCAAAAUCAGCAAAGUCAGUUGCCGUCACCCGGUGGACAGUGUGCUGGGCCCGGCUUAAACAGCAGUAGUUCAUCAAAUUCCCAAUCACAUCUACACCCUGAUGAUGCUAAUGCAGUCCAGUGCUCUCCUGAGAAACCAAUCUCCAACUUCUUGCCUCUGGCAUCCAUAACUCCCAUGACGCCAAUGACCCCUGUUCCAGAAUGUUGUGGAAUUGUGCCUGAACUACAAAAUAUAGUUUGUACCGUAAACCUGGCCUGUAAAUUGGAUCUGAGGGAAAUAGCUCUGCGUGCAAAAAAUACAGAAUAUAACCCACAGAGGUUUUCUGCUGUUAUAAUGAGGAUCCGUGAGCCCAGGACCACAGCCCUCAUCUUCAGCUCUGGGAAGAUAGUCUGCACUGGAGCCAAGAGUGAAGAGCAAUCUCGACUUGCAGCAAGAAAGUUUGCUCGCGUGGUGCAGAAGCUCGGCUUCCCUGCCAGAUUCCUUGAUUUCAAAAUCCACAACAUGGUUGGAAGCUGUGAUGUGGGAUUUCCCAUCAGGCUAGAGGGUUUGGUGCUGGCCCAUCAGCAGUUCAGUAGUUAUGAGCCUGAACUGUUUCCUGGCCUUAUUUAUAGAAUGGUAAAACCGCGAGUUGUGGUGCUCAUCUUUGUAUCUGGAAAAGUCGUACUGGCAGGUGCCAAAAAACGUUCUGAGAUCUAUGAAGCAUUUGAAAACAUCUAUUCUAUUCUAAAAGUCUUUAAGAAGGGCUGAGUAUAUCACUUAGCACCUUACAUCAUAUCGGGUUGAAUAUGUGCAUAAGCCCAGCACAGAAAUAGCUGGAUUCUUCUAUCUCUAAUUGUAGAUGCUCCAAGUA